AUGGUGACUGUACCAUCUCCACAAUGUGUUGGGCGAGAAUUUGUCCGGCAGUAUUACACCCUCCUUAAUCAAGAACCAGUCCAGAUUCACAGGUAUUAUGAAUUUUUUAUCAUUAUUAGUGGUGGAUGUCGCCAGUUACCCAUUUAUACACCUGGGUGAAGAGAGACAAAGUGGAGUAAAGUUCCUUGUCUAAGGAAACAAUGCGACCGGCAAGGCUUGAACCCCGUACCUCCAGAUCUAGAGUUCGAAGUGUUAACCGCUCGGCCACACACGCCUCCAUGGGUACUUGCGACAUACUGCUGGGGGGUAACCCUGUGAUGGACUAGCAUCUCGUCCAGGUGGGAGUAGCAAUACUCCUAGUUAUUCUUCAUGCUACGGAAACCACUAUAAGCUCUGGCCGUUUGAGCCUUUGGUUCAUGCGUGCGUUUACCUACCUUACCAUUAGUAGUGGAUGAAAUAGAGAGGAGAAAUUUUCAGGUCAUGUUGCCAUGGUAGCAAAAUUUUUUGGGAUCAAUCUCAACAAACCAUGGUCCUGCAAUUAUGCCAGAAAAAAAGGAAAAAUUGAACAUGUAUGACUUUUCUGUACAUGAUUGCACUAAGGAACAAAACGGUAGCCCAUAUUUUUCUUCUAUCUUUUGAUAAUGCAAAUGGCUGUCUCUGUCAAGAAAGAUUGUUGAGAUCCUGGAAUUUUGCUACCAUGGUAACAUGACAUCACAAUUCUCCUCUCUAUUAACUUUUUAUUUAAACCCAUCGCUAAUAGAUGGGUGUGGUAAGGCACCUGGACAAACUGAGGGAGCCACAAGCAAGCGCGGAAGGUAACCAUGACAACCCUAUGAGCGGCACCCACCAGGCACUGGAACAAUGAUAACCGCAGCUGUGGACAGUUUCACAGAUACUUACCAAGACACAUCCAGUGGGAUGGGAACGAAAAUUGGCUAAAAAACAAUAUCACACGAAGACAAUGAAAGUGAAAUGAUUGACCUCAGCAAAAACACUGUGAAAUAUUGAGGGAAAUAAACUGAACUGAACUGAAUUACUAGAGCCCUGCAAAUGCGCAAAGACCACCCCAAAUAUGAUUAGUGAUGGAGGUUGCUGCCCAGCAUUGUUGACUAAGUGAUAUAUAAGUUUAGCCUCAUCAUAUUCUGGUGAUCUAAUGUUUUCCUUGGCAGCAAAGGUUUGUAAAUUAGAUGCUAGAUUUGUUACUUUUUGCCUAGUACUUAGAGGGUUAUGAGUUUGAAUCUCACCUGGAGGGUGGAAUUUUUUCUGAACUUUCUUGUGUUAAAAUUCUCCGUUCAAAAAAUAAUUUGUUCGCAAGUUGUGGGUUGCAUUUGUUUGACCUUGCAUUUCGAGAUAGUAGCUCAUACAUGUAGGUGUUGCUUUUAGCCUCAUUUUGAAAGUGAGGACUUUUGUAACUCUGAAAUGUCCUUUAGCACAAUUUCAAUAUAUUAUGGAGCGAAUAAAUAUUGUUAGCUGUUCUAUCUCAAGUAUUUCGGUCCAAUAUCUUUUUACUUUGUUCAGAUAUAAGAUUAUUUACAGUACUGUACCACACCUGUUUUCUUCCUACAUCUGUAUUAAAAAUGUCACUUUAAAAAAUAGUUGUAAAUGUGACAAAGGCUUUUUAUGAGCUUCCAUUAAAUUGCAAAAACCAAGAUGUAUCAGGGUUGUCACUAAGAUUUCAAGUUGCCGGGUAAAUACAACAAGUAGGCGGGGAAUCAAACGGCUAGGGAUUUCUUUUGGUUCUAUUUUUCUUCUAUUUUCCUAUGAAAGUAGCUGGGGGCCACUCUUUUAGUAGCCGGGGAAAAUCCCGGCCCCCGGCUGUUACUGACAACCUUGUGUAUAUUCCCUCAGUGUGGAAAGUAACAAAGUUUUGAGGUGUAUUUUCUUGGUUACAAUUUUCAGGUUUUAUACCAAGCAGUCUUGGUUUCUACAUGGGAGGGCUGAAAAUGGACCCUCUGAACCCCCUGUGAUUGGCCAAGAGGUAUGAGAUGCUACUUGCUUUAUGCAGGCUUUUGUAAUACAACAGGAUUAAUGCAAAAUAAUAGAAGACCUUAUACAUAAACCUGAGAAGCUUUCUUGGGAGUUGGAUUCAUUCAACUCAGAUCUGUCUUGUUUUUUACCCUCAUACUACUAGUGGUUCAUUUGCUUUUGGAUGGCUAUUUAGAUAGUUAUUUAGACAAUUGCCUCAAAUAUACCUGUACAUAACCUGAGCUCAAUUCUUCACCCAGGUUGAAUGAAGGUUGUGAUUUUUUAACUUUUGAUGUUGGGGAAGGCAGCAUGGGGUGUUUGUUAAGGCUGUUGACCCAUGCAAAUGAGAUCAUUUGUUCAUGAUUGCUGGGUCAUGUCAGUGCUUGAUCUUCUGUUGCCCUGGGUGAGUAACUUGACAUGGGUGUUGGCCAAUCUUGCUUUGGGUUAAGGCACACUAGGUGUUAUUGUUGGCUGGUAAUAAUGGAAUAAAGCCUUAGGUGAAUUCUGAUAAACUGCUGGAUUCUCCUUCCCUUUGCCUUGUACCUGCUUGUGAAUCAAAGGGAAAAUUUAAUAAAUAAUUUAUUAAAUUAAAUUGAGUUGACUCCUGAUAUUCAGUUGUAAUAAUUAUUACAUUAUUAUUACUGUACCUCAAAUAUUAUGACUAUAUUGUUUAAAAUGCCAAGAAAGUCAAAUGUGUGUUUUACAACCCUUUGGAACACUCAACGACUCUUGGAUUCAAACCUUUCACCGUUAGCACAAACUGUUAGAGCAUUGGGGCAAACUGUUAGAAGGUCAGGGCAUAGCGUUAGAACUUUAGGACAAACCAUUAGCUAUCCGAUAGUUUUUUAACGUUUCACGGAUUAUCAUUAGUGUAUGCUUUUGCAUGAGAGGUCACAAAUGGUGUACCUUUAUGUGAUGUUUUUAACAAGGAAAAUACUUAGAAUGUGGUCAGCAAAGACCAUCAGAGUCACAACUGUAAUGAAAAUGGGGUGGCAAAUUGGACUUCAUCUUUAAUUUUGUCUGUCUUAAUUUUAGCUUUCUCAAGCUUUUAGUUCUUAUUUUUUUCAGGCAAUCUACAGCAAGAUCAAGGAACUAAAUUUCCAUGACUGUCACACAAAAAUCAGACAAGUGGACAGCCACUCUACUGUGGGAGGAGGGGUGGUAGUACAGGUUAGUAUGGAUCAGCACUCUGUUUUUCUCUUUUCCCUUUCUGUCUUUAUCUAAUGACACCAAUAAUAAAACAAAUAAUGAAACAAAUAUUUGUUAAAUAGAUAUUACAUGGCCACACCGAGAUACAAAAUUUGUCUUUGAGUGUUGAAGAAUAUUCCACAAGUGAAUGCAGUGAACAAGAACAUCACAGUGAGAAGAUAAAUAUAUUUCUCCAAGCAGUCCUGUACUGUUCUCCUUAUUGUAUACACUGUAAACCCCAAUGAAAUACCAAACCUUUUCACAAUAAAACAUUUUUUUGCUGCAGAAGGUGUUAAGAUAACAUUAGAAUUAGAAUUUCCUUUCUCCAAGCAGUCAUGUAAUGUUCCCUUAUUAUAUACACUGUAAACCCCAAUGAAAUUCCAAACCAUUUCACGGUAAAAAAAUUUUGCUGCAAAAGGUGCAAAGAUAACAUUUUUUUUUUAAUUUUUCGCGUGAAAGCACACCUGGUAUUUCAUUUUUGUUUAUAUAAAAAGGAAGUCUUCAUGAACAACUGAAAUAUUUGUAUGUUGUAUCCUCUGGUCCCUGUUGAGAUCCACCCAACCCUUUAAGUCCCAGUAUCAACUUAUAAAUUCUCCAGAUGUAUUUCGAUACAUUACUUUGAGGAAUUACUCAUAAUCGAACAUACUCAGGAUAUGAAAAAAGGUGUCUCUAACUGGAGCUGGCUGCUCGAGAAUGUAACAAUACAGAGGUUGUAUGGAAGUUGAGGAAAACGGGGUUUUGUGAAGGCAUCCAUAUUAGUAGAGCUGUGCACUUACAAGAGUGUCCUUUAGGAUAGCUUCUACUGUAGUUGAGUGAAUUUAAUAAAAGAUCAAAACAUUUUCCCUUUGGUGCAGGUAACAUUCUCUCUUCAUGGUGUACUAUUAUUGUUAGGAGAAACUUGAUGUUGGUCACUUUUGGGACUUAAACGGUUAUUAAGAAUCUAAAUGCAGUGGAAAUUUAUUGAUUUGGGAAUACUGUAGCUAUUCUCAGACUACAAGAGCUUUUUGGUUCGAUUGUUUCAGAUGAUCCAAGCUUCUUUAAGCAGGUUUUGCAUGAAAAAGCAUACCAUCUUCUCUUUAUGCAGGUGUCUGGUGAACUGUCUAAUGAUGGACAGCCCAUGCGAAGAUUCAUGCAGACCUUUGUCUUGGCUCCUGGCGAGGUCAGUACUUAUACUGUUAUAAUACAGUCAAUCAAUACAUUAUUGUUUAUUUAUCCACUUGACGUCAGUGAGCUAAUAUGCUCAUUCAAAAUAGGUACAUGUUGCUGUUGUUUUAAUGCUAUAUUAUUGUUUAGAUUAAUCACUAAUUUCGAGAGACCACCACCUUGGUUUCAGUAGGGUAAAGUGGAAAUUGCUGCUGUAGUAACGGCGAUAUUAUGGUGUUCCACCUUCUCAAUUCUCCUUCCCAUGAGCAAUUUGCUGUCUCUUAAGAGUUUGAUAACCAAUAGUGGUCUACCUUGUUUGCAUAGCUCUCAAACACAGAAAAAUAAGGAAUGUAUAUAUUUCUUAACAUAACCAAUGACUGGCUUACUUUUAAAACAUAAGAGGACCCCCUUAAAUUACAUGCUGCGUUUUGUAAAUCCAAUCCUUUGAUGAUAUUUCUGAUAGGGUCCAAAAAGGUAUUAUGUCCACAAUGACAUUUUCCGCUACCAAGAUGAGGUGUUCUCAGAAGAUACUAGUGAUGAACCAGCUGAUGGAACUGUUGGUAAGUUGAAAUACACAUGCACUAUCUCCGCCAAGGUACAUAGUUUCUUUUAAUAAAGCGUUGCCAAAGUAUAGCAAGAAUCACUGAGAGACACUGGAUGGAUAUAAGCUGUGUGGUAGUAAACAUCAGCUGUCAAUGACUGUUGGUAGUGGAGGUUAAAUGAAGAUGAAAUGUUAGAGCUGAUUUGUGCAAGUAACAAGAAUAAUAGUUCUUAACAAAUACUUUUCCACCAUCUCUCUUUUGCGUACAUGGUUUGUGAAAGUUAAAGGGUUAAAGAUAUGGUUUACAAAUUUCACCAAGAGCACCCUUUUUCAAACAGCAAUUUUAAUUCCAUUAUUUCCCGCCUUUUAACUGAUCAGGAACAGUGAAGAAGACAAUGUCAAUGAAUUGAUAAACUGCUCAAUGGUGUUGUCAUUUGAACUGAGACACCUACAGCAUGAUAUAAAGUUCUAGUUUGGUAGUCUGACUGGGCUCAAGCGUGUAAAAUACUUCCUCAUCGUCAUCAUCAUCAUCUGGCCCUUUCGGUCGGGAUGUUCUGGACAAUCUUAUUCCACACUUUGCAGUCUGACCUGAGCAAGAUCCUCCCUGUCAAUUCUGGAAUCCCUUGAGAUCAUAUCUGGGAAUGUGAUUUCCCUUGAAUGAACAGUGCCACUUGGCAUUUCCAUAGUAGAAGGGGCUGAACGAUCUCACCCUUUGCCCAUUGGCAAUGACCAGCAAAUUGGGGAUAGCACUUAGCAGACUUGCUCUGGAACAAUCCACCUCUCUUCAUAAGUCUUUACGACAAGUUAUAGUUCUGUGCUUAUGAACAAUAAAUUUAGUGUGUGAAAACUCAUGAUCCUAUGUUUUUGACAUUUUUGUAGAUUCUGAAGGUGAAGAAGAGCACCCACAACAGGUGCCAGUGAAUAACGUCAGCAGCUAUGAUCAAACCAAGCAAGAGCAAGCUAUUGUGCAAGACAUUCCCAGUGAAAAUUUGUACUAUGCUGAGUCAGGGCAAACCAAUGGGUAAUAUGAAAUUUCCUUGCUUCUUAGUAGUUGUUUCUUAUUUUCACCCAUGCCGCUAAAAAUUUUACGAGAUUGUGUUCGAUUGGUUGUAUUCUGUAUGAGUACACAGCAAAAUGUGCAACAACUUUGAAUUCCUUACAUCAAGAAUUUAAAGCCACUGGAAUGUCAUCCUGAUUGCUGAUGGCUAAAAUUAUUUACCUGGUUCUGCAAAACGCAUUGAAAUUCUUUUUGAAGGGCCUCCAAAAUCAAAUUCCAUGUGUGACAAAUUGCGUUUUUAUCUUAUGGUGUCAAAGAUUUUGCAAUGUUGCCUGCUUAAAAACAGUUUUAUUGUUAGAUGUCAUGUGACGUAGCCUGCGAAUACAGCCAUCUCUCCUCUCUCCUUGCCACUUAGAUGUUUCACAGAGAGGACGUCUGUGCCUCAAUGACAAUGCUAUACUGAUAAUGUAAAUCAAUGUUUAGAUAAUCUGGUAAUCAUGGGGUUCCAAAUUAAUGUAAAUUUCUUUGAAUUUAUGUUUCUGGUCUGUUAUUUCAGAGUUUGAGUUCCCCUGUGAAAGAGUGGAAGCAAAACUCAAGAGAAUAAUAAAUUCCACAAUAAAAUUGUUGACUGUUUUACAAUAGAUUUAUUAUACAUAUCGCAUUUACAUUUGACCUCUGUCUUCUUCUAUCGUGUAUAAACAAUAACUGAAAGAAUAUAAUCUAUGUUGACCAAUCACAGUUCCUGACCAGUUUCUGGACAGAUUUUACAUUAUCACUAUGGCAUUUCUGUCAAUGAGGUGCAGACAUCUCUCUGCAAAAUGUCCCUAACGGCAAGGAGCAAGCAGAGAUGGCUGUAGUUGCAGGCUACAUGUACAUGUGACCUUGAAGUAACCAAUCAAUGAGAGAAUUUUAUGCCUUUUAACAAAUACUAACUUUUAAGUUGCUUUUUGACACAGUUCGACAGCAUUGUUGAACCAGGAACCACUGCUGGAUGAGGAAGAUGAUGAUGAAGGUGAAGAAUCACUUGAACUUCAAGAAGUGGUCAUCGACAAACAUCCACAGGUACGAACAUAAUACUGUAGGUUGCUUGUAGUGCAUAUUUUUAUAGCCUGAAAACAGAUAUUAUUAUCCCCAGUGGAGGGAAUAGAAGAAAUUUAUUCUCUUUGCUAACCCAGUAGAGUGCAAGUGUGCAGCGAAAGUGCACAUAGAUUCUACACAAAACCAAAGGCCACAGGCUGAUAUGAAAGCCAGUUUCCUCCUCUCAUAAUGUUUAAUUCAUGAAUCUCUUUAUUUUGCCACAAACUAAGAAUGUUUUCUUUCUUUCUCAAAUAAAUUUGUAUUGCAAAAAAUGUUUACUCACAAAAUCAAAAUGUUUGCUUAAAGAUGUUUGUUUGACUCACUUUGAGGUAAAGUAUUUUCAGCUGAUGUUAAAUGGAAGAGGGAAGGGGUGAUACUUGAAACAGCCAGGGCGCGUUUGUCAUUCAUGUUAUUAAAGGAUAAUCUAUUCCCUCAGAAUGCUCACCAGGAACCUGUUCGAGAGACUUCUGCUGUAAUUCAGUUGCCUGAAGAAGAGGAGGAGCCAUUGCCUACAAAUGAUCAGUCUGGUGAUACUCCAUUUGAACCAGAGCAGCCUGAGGUUGAUGAUGUAGAAGGACCUGAAGGAGCAAGGACUGAGCCAGAGGCACCUUUAGAGGAUGUAAUGGGUGAAUCUACAGAGCCAGGUACCUACAUUCAAGGACUGUUCACGUGUAAUACAGUAAAAACCUGUGAUUAAGAACCUCGCUUUUAAGAUCCUGUAAGGUUUAAAUUUUCCAGUUAGGCCCCCACUAUCAAGAACGUGUUUAGCCGAAAAUGGGAAGCUGGUUCGUAGUUUCUAAAAUCUAUAAAAAGAAUGGUACACUUGAGCAAAUAAAAGAAGUCAACAUUUAUGAUCCUUUUGGGUCCUUUUGGGGUUAUCACUCGUACUGCAAUGUAAUGGUACAGCUGUAAGCAUUCAAGGGACACUUGCCUUAGUCCCAUGGGUGUCCCCUGAAUAGAGGUUCCAUUGUAGCUUUUUAUAUCAUGUGUAUAUGAUGUUGAUUUCAGCUCAAGAGAAACCAAAGACCUGGGCUGCACUUGCCGCAUCCCGCGCACCGGCAGCUCCAACUAACACAGCUCCCACCACAAACUCACGCCCCGCCCGACAGCCACAACCGGUGAGGUUUGAGACUGGUUAUGUUAUGUGCACUGUAUUGAUUUUGAAAGGUUAAAUGGUGGUUUACACAUAUGGAGCAAGUAUAAGCAUAAAUAGCGUAGUAAAGCAUGCGCAUUGCAAGAGACAAUGCCUCUUUCAGUGCUCCAAAAAGUGGAAUGAUUUUCCUUCUUCUGCUCACAUGCUUAUACUUGCAUUUUUAUGUUACACAUUUAAAAUGGGACAUUGCUAGCGUGCUCAUCGGCACAACCACAAAUCCCUUUUAUUUUACCCCUUGUUGGAUUGAUGUAAAUUCUUUGGCACCAACAUUGAAGCAAAAGAAAACGUUUUCUGUGUUUGCAUAGCCUGAUAUAAACACGAGAGGGGUUGGGAGAAUUUGAGACAGUUAUGCAAACCCGAGACGAAGUCGAGGGUUUGCAUAACCGUCGAGAAUUCUCCCAACGCCUCGAGUGUUUAUAUCAGGCUAUGCAAACACAGGAAAAAGUUUUCUAUUGCUUUUAUAAAAUAACUUUCACGAGAAAAAACUCAAAACUUUUUGUAUGGUACUGAUUAAAAGAGAAAUUCUUACCAGUCGCAUAAUCUUGUCCACGAAGUCUUGCAUGCGUAAUCAGUUCUUGUUUUGCAAAAAGAUGCUUCGCAAAAUACGGAUUUUUCUCGUUCAAAAUGCCGGCUUAAGCAAAGAAAAAUUGACUCACCUUCUUUGUAACGAUUUUCCAUGUUUCAGCCGACGAAGGAAUGGGUAAAUAAAGUAAACUUGUCGAGUUUUGAACUCGAAAACUUUUUCAAAUUCGUGCUUGCGUGAUUAGCGCGCGAAAAGCCAAACAACUUGACGCCACAACCAUGUUUACAUACUCUCAUGCAAACACUCCUCUCGUCCAAUCAGAGCUCGCAUACUAUCUUAGUUAUUUUAUAAAAGUACAUCUAUACAGCUGUAUACAUCGCCUUAUUCUGAUCUUCAAGAUUAAACAUCCUUGUGCUUCUUCCUUUUCCAAUGCUGAAUAAUUUUGGCACCAGGCUCCUGCCCAGACUGUGUUAUCACCACCGCCUAGACCCCAGGCUACUUCAGCCCGCCAGUCCAAGGAAACCCGUGGAGGCCCAGGCACUAGAGAGGCAAGGAUGAGUGCAAGGAAUGCCCCUGAUAAUCAUCAGGUGUUUAUUGGCAACCUACCUAAUAAUAUCAAGGAUGAUGAAGUGCGAAAUGUGUUUGCAAGUAAGUAUUCAACGAGUACUUACGUCCAAGUUGCCCAUAGCCUGUAAUGCAUGUUUCAUUGGAUGAGCGAGUGCUUUGUAUUUCCUGUAUUUGGCUGCUGUUUGAAUUUGAAAGAAGAAACUGGGAUGAGAAGAAAAUGCAAAGCAAUUGGUUGCGCAUUAGGUUGCCCCCGUGCAAUUUAACUCGUGUAUAUAGUGUUAGAGACCUGUAGAUUUAAAGAAGAGGACGACUUCGAGAGCGAGAUUUUCUCAAAGCGAAGUAGUGCGCGCGCGUGAUCCAGCAUUACUUUGGCGGGAAGACGAACUACUUUUUAAAGUCGUCAUUCUAUGGCAGGUUUUAGCGUGAAUGUCGUUGUGGCGGGAACAAGUCAUCAAAUUUUAAAGUUUUAUCAUUUUGCAGUCGGGAGAGGGCUUAACCACCUUCAGAAAAAAUAAUAACUGUGCUAACUCUUCUGGUGACAAAAACAAAAAGGACAACGGAGCUUUCCGGGGUGUCUAUUUUUUUUUUUAAUAUGAGAAAAAAACUUGAAGGCAAAUCUCAUCCUUGUGUUAAUCCUCGUCCUCGAAUCUAAAAGUCUCUUAUCAUAUUUGAGGGGGGUGGGAGGGAAGGGGGAGAAACAAACACCAUUGCCUGCAGGUACCAAGUUCAUCAGGAGAUGAAUUCAAGACUCAGUGUACUGUUAUCAGUAAACAAAGUGAAUUUCAAGUAUUUUACCUACCUACAAAAACGUUUCUUGGGACUUUUCCCCUUACAAAUGUAGUUAAAAUAUUUACUUUAUGUAAUACUGUCUGAAGUGUACUUUGUUAUCUUUGCAGAGUAUGGAACGAUACUGGAAAUACGACUCAACCCCAAGGUAUAUAAACAUAAAGAGACGUGUGUUUAAAUGUUACGCAUUUAUUUUUCAUGACAUCUUGUAAUGUAAGCUAACUACCUGUACCAAUGUAGAGGAGCCUGUUUAGGGGCAGUCCACUUAAAUAAUUUGCAACAAAUUAUCAAAAUUGAACAAAAUUUUUGGGCCGCCAGUUUAAGUCUGGCUUUGUUGUAAUAACCCGCCCUAGUCAUGGGCUAAUUACAUUCUUCUACUGAGAUUUUUUUUUUCCUUUUUCUUUCCUUCUACUCUCUUAAAUGCUAUUAACUACCCCGAGGAAGUUUGUUUUUCUGUUACUGAUUGUUGUGUCUUGUUUUUAGAACUUUGGAUUUGUCAUCUUCAACAGCCCUGAACCAGUGGAGCAAAUCCUUAGCAACAGAGUAAGUGUGAAACCAAAACAGCUCAUUCUCUGAUCGUUUAGUAUAGCAGUUAGUCAAAGAAAAUUGGAAACGUAGGAGAGUCCACGAUCGGAAAACUUGCAGCGUUUGUUGGUCAUGUUUAGGUUACCCCGCUGGAGAGACUGGGUCAGUGGUGUGUCGAAUGGCAUUAUGGGACUGUUUUGGGAGACAAAUUCUGGCCCAGUUCCUUACCUUUCUUAAAGUCCUUCGCUUCUCAUUUCCGGUUCCGGUAGUAGGCCCCAGCUCCAUCUAGUCUGACACGCGACGGGGACGCAAAUAGUUCGCGCCAAAAUGCCGUCACUUGAUGCGAUUUUCUGCAGUGAAAACAAGUCGAACCCCCGCUCUCUCACUCGCUUUCAUGCCGCAGUAAACGUAAAAAAAUCUCCCGCUCGCGCUUCGCGCUGGAGAAAAAUAUUGGGCUCGUCUUGUGGGCCAGUCUACUCAGUUCCCUGCGCAACUUCACAGUAGCCAGUCCCAUCGUGAAGUUCGUUACAACACCAUACUCACAGAACCUCAGAGUGACUAGCUAAUCUUUAUUUUGCUGAUGUUGUUUUUGUUUUAUCUAGCCGAUCAAAAUUGGUAACCAUGAAAUCAACAUAGAAGAAAAGAAGCCUAGUGGUACAGUUGGGCGCGGUUCUGGCGGAAAUCGUCGAGGGGGUAGUGGAGGUGCUCGUGGAAACGCGCGUGGCGGCGCGAGCGGAGGCGGUGGUCAAGUUGGCCGUGGAGGAACUGGAUCCCGCUCGAGUAACCGCGGAGGGGGAUUUGGAGCUAACAGCGGCGGUGGUAAUGCUGGAUCCAGUGGGAGAUCUGGCAGGGAUCGGGACAGCGGAGGUCGCGGCGGAAAAUUCAAGUAGCUAACCACUGCUGGACCAUGGACCGGAGCAAGAGUAGCAUAAUUUAUUGUUAUAAAGACAAAAAAAAACGCACUCAAUCUUUGCAGAAAGCCAUUGUGGCGUCGUCACGUUCACUUCUCCUCGCUCGAAGGUGUUGUUAUCUUUCAUAGUAUCGCGUGCACUGUCGUCUGUAUCAGCAAGCUUUAUAGCAACAUUCUUACUUGCGUUUUGUCUGCUGGCGGAUAUGUUCGUUACGUUUCGUUGUAUUUGUGGUUUAAGUCGCGUGCCUGUGUAAACUGUUCGCGUGUUGUGGUAGCGAGUGUUCCAUUUGAGAGUUUAAUAUAUCGUCCGAGGCGAGCGAAAAUGCGAAAAAAAUGAAGAGGACGCCUGAAGUGACUUUUUU